GCGCAAGUAAUUUUGUGCUUGUCAAUUUGGUGUGGAUGUGGUAUGUGUAUUAUUGUAUACUCUCACAUCACAUCACAUCCCUCUCCUCUUCAUUCGCCGAAUGCUCUCUUUCGUCUCUGCAACUCUCAGCCUCUCAAGCUUCGAGCUUCAUCUCUUAACAGUUGAGCUGGUUGGUUUACUAAUUUUCGCUGGAUUUCUACGAUUUUGUGGGUUGGGAUCGAAGAUUGAGAGGCGAAAAUUAGACGACCCAGCGGUUUCAACUGGGUGGGCUUCAGCAAUUAACAAUCAGGAACUUCUCUUUUGGUUAAAGGGUCCAUUUGUGUUCAUGGUUACAUGUAUCUGACCAAAAGCCUGAAGCAUUUUGUAGUUGCUGGUGCCAACUCCAUCAAGGUUUGCAGGGGAUGGCGGUGGUAUUAGAGAAAAAAGAUGCCGGUGAUUGGGUUUAUAGAGGAGAAGGAGCUGCCAAUAUUGUUCUUUCUUACAACGGAUCCUCUCCUGCAUUUGUUGGGAAGGUACUACGCAUACAAAAAGCUCCUAGGAACGGAUCUCCUAGAUGCGAAUCUCCUAGAUAUGGAUCUGAUAAUGAGGAUAAUCAUUCAGCUGAAUUAGCUCUAACUACAGAUGAGUGCCUUUUAUGGAAAGAAAUUGAAGACCUUGGAUCAGCCCCAUCAAGGGAAAUUGCUGAGCAACUAUAUGUGCAGCAUAUAAUCACCCCACUGUUAGGUUCUGAACAUGUUGAUGCUGGGAUUCGUGUCCAUGUAUCCAGUGAAUUUUUGGAAUUGGUUGAAAAGAAUGUUCUUUGCCAGCGCCCUUCUUGGCGAGUUGAUGCAGCCAAGGUCAACCCCCUUUGUGAUUAUGCUCUUCUUAUAUCUGAUCAUUCAAUUUUUCCCCAGGGUAAUCUUAAAGGGAAAUUCAGCAUCUCUGUUGAGAUAAAGCCCAAAUGUGGAUUUCUUCCAGAUUCAAGAUUCAUAUCUGAAGAAAAUGCCAUUAAAAAGAGAAUAACUCGUUUUAAAAUGCACCAGUCAUUGAAAUUGCAUCAAAGAGAGAUAUCAGAUACAAGUGAAUAUGAUCCCUUGGAUAUGCUCUCUGGAUCCAAGGAGAGAGUACAUAAAGCAAUCACGGCUCUCUUUUGCACUCCUCAGAACAAUUUUCGUGUUUUCUUGAACGGUUCCCUCAUAUUUGGGGGCUUGGGUGGUGGGGCAGAUAUUACUAGUUGUAUGAUUGGUAAUGCAUUUGAAGAUGUUCUCAAGUGUGUUAUUCAGGCAGAUGAUGGCUUACGUACAACGAAUUUCCUGCAACUUGUUACUGAAGCUGUUUCC